UAUAUAUAUAUAUAUUAUCUCUCCUCGGCCAUGACCAGAAGGAUGAGUUUCUCCAAUCUCAUUUCAUACCAUGUGCUGCCUUGCCUAUUAUUGUUGGUGCUGGGAAGUUCCGGGGCAGUCUCAGAAAGCGAACAACUCCAGACCUAUAUCAUUCACAUGGACCAUUCCCACAAGCCUGCUUCCUUCUUAACCCAUGAAUCCUGGCACCGUCACACCCUAAAGUCAUUGUCUCAUCCUGUUGAUGAGAAAGAAAUGCUUUUGUACUCAUACAACCAUGUUGUCCAUGGCUUCAGUGCAAGGCUCACACAAUCUCAGCUAUCUGAAGUAGAGAAAUCUCUAGCUCAUCUCGCCACAUAUCAGGAGUCCUUUGGCAAGCUAUUCACAACAUACAGCCCCAAGUUUUUUGGACUAAAACACAAGGAUGGCCUAUGGCCAAGUGCAUCAUAUGGAGAAAGUGUGAUAAUAGGAGUCCUAGACACAGGAAUUUGGCCAGAGAGUGAGAGCUUCAAUGACAACGGAAUACCGUCAGUGCCACAGAGAUGGAAAGGCCAGUGUGAGAAUGGCACAGCAUUUAGCACUUCUAGCUGCAAUAGGAAGCUUAUUGGGGCACGAUCUUUCAGCAAGGGACUUAUGGCGGCUGGUAGAAAUAUUUCCACUGAGAUUGACUAUGACUCACCAAGAGACUUCUAUGGCCAUGGAACCCAUACAUCAUCCACAGCUGCAGGAAACCAUGUGCUUGGUGUAAGUCACUUUGGAUAUGCAAGAGGCACAGCAGUAGGUGUAGCACCACGAGCACAUAUUGCCAUGUACAAGAUCCUCUUUGCAACAGAUACACAAGAGACUGCAGCAAGUGAUGUUCUUGCAGGUAUGGACCAAGCAAUAGCUGAUGGGGUCGACAUCAUGUCGCUGUCUCUCGGUUUUGUACAGAAACCUUACUUCGAUGACAUCAUUGCUAUAGCUUCUCUUUCAGCAAUAGAAAAAGGAAUUUUGGUUGUAUGUGCAGCUGGUAAUGAUGGAGGCCAUAAUACAACAUACAAUGGAGCUCCUUGGAUCACAACAGUAGGAGCUGGUACACUUGACCGGAGUUUCGCAGGUACCAUGACCUUGGAAAAUGGAUUGACAGUUAAAGGAACAUCAUACUUCCUAGAAAGCAUUUACAUUACUGAUGCUCCUCUAUACUAUGGCAACGAUAAUGGAAGCAAAGCAAUCUGCUAUUAUGGUGCAUUGAAUAAAAGUAAGGUUCAUGAAAAGAUAGUCCUCUGUGAUAAUACCACUAAAAUAGAUGUUGAGGGACAAAAGGAGGAGCUUCAAAGGGUAGGUGCAUAUGCUGGAAUAUUCAUGACAAAUAUGCCUCUUUUGGAUCCAAGUGACUAUACUAUUCCUUGCUUGGUUCUACCAACUGCUGCAGGGGCUUUGGUUAAAGAGUAUGCAACUGGGGUGACAGUGCCAAAGGUUAAAAAUAUGAAGUUCAUGUCCACUAAUUUGGGUACCAAUCCAGCACCCCAAGUGGCCUAUUUCUCUUCCAGAGGGCCAGACCCAAUUAGUCCAGGUGUUCUAAAACCAGAUAUUUUAGCUCCAGGAGUGGAUGUGCUGGCAGCGAUUAUACCAAACAAACCAUACAUGGAAAUUGGCAGGUACAGUCUUGUGACAGAUUAUUCCCUGCUUUCAGGCACAUCAAUGGCAGCACCCCAUGUUGCUGGAGUGGCAGCUUUACUAAAAAAUGUCCAUCCUGAAUGGAGCCCAGCAGCCAUCCGAUCAGCUAUUAUGACCACAGCAUAUAUCGCAGACAACAAUAGUGAAAUUUUGAAUGACCAAUGGAUAGGUCUUCCAGCCACACCUCUAGAUUUUGGAUCUGGGCAUAUCAAUCCAAACAAAGCCAUGGAUCCUGGAUUAAUCUACGACAUGGGCAUCCAAGAUUACAUUGACUUCCUAUGCAGCCUUGGCUACACUAAAAAGCAGAUGAGAACUGUCAUCAGAUGAAGUCAAUGGAAUUGCAAGAAAGAGUCAAGUGACCUAAACUACCCAUCUUUUAUUGCCAUAUUUACCAAUGAAAGUAGCCCUUCAACUGUGAAGAAAUUUAGCAGGGUUGUGACAAAUGUGGGAGAUGACACAACUGUUUACAAGGCAACUCUAGAGAUUCCUCCUGGAAUGAGAAUCACAGUAGAGCCUAGUGCCUUGUCCUUCACUAAGAAAUAUCAGAAGCAAAGUUUUUCUGUGAGUCUAGAGGUGGAUAAAGAAGCUCCAGCUGUGGCAUAUGGUUAUCUCAAAUGGAUUGAUCAGCACAACCAUGUGGCGUCUAGCCCAUUAGUGGCUGUCAAAUUCUAACCGCCCCCCUUAAUUAAGUCAUUGGCAAGACUCCAUUCUAUCUGCAAUGUUUUCUGUUAAGGAUAUGACAUUCAUGUGGUAAAAAAAAAAAAUCUCAAUUCGACUCUAUUCACAGAGAUAACAUUGUUA